AUGGCCCUGCUCGGAGCACUUGCGGCCACCGGCAGUAGACGCCAGGGCUGUGUGCUGCGGGUGGCGGCCGACGCGAUAACGUUCUACUGCGGUGGUGACGUCGUAAGUGGCGGCGGAGACAGUGGUGGCGGUGACGGCGGCAGUGGCGGCGACGGUGCCGCUGAAUAUUACCCGGCCACAGCGGAGUCCAGCCAAUUGUCCGCCACCGGCAACCGAUUUGGCGACUACUUCCGGCGGCCCGUCCGGUCGGUGGCCACCGUCGACGGUGGUUCCGGCGCAGGCGACUACUACUAUGGCACCGAGAACGGUUCGUCAGCGGCCGCCGUCCUGGCCAACGCGACGGCAGGCAUGGAACCGUUCCUGAACGGUUCGUACAAUCACACGCUUGGUGCCGAGGUAGAAGACCUCACCAACUACAUAUUCGUCAUCUCCAUCGGCAUAAUACUGGGUGCGAUGAUUCUGACGACCAUUUGUGGUAACGCGUUGGUGAUUGCAGCAAUUUUGUUGGAGAGGAAUUUACAAAACGUGGCCAACUAUCUCAUUGUUUCGUUAGCGGUCGCCGAUUUAAUGGUAGCAUGUUUAGUCAUGCCCUUAGGAGCUGUUUAUGAGGUAUGUGCUGCAUGA